GGGUGUUUUCCUUCGGGCUCGCGCUCUGAUAGUCGCGAGCAGAGUGGGUAGGAUACUGUGGGAAGGCGAGGCAGUGGAUUCCGCCUGAACCAUAAAAAGAAGGCGGGCUCCGCAGAGUUGUGAUCGGGAUCGGUUUGUGGCUAUGCUUGCUCAUCUGUGAUUAUGGAGAUCAGUGGGCUUCCACUAGAACUGUGGCGCUUAAUACUGUCCUACUUGCGUCUUCCUGAUCUUGGCCGCUGCAGUUUGGUGUGCAGAGCAUGGUAUGAGCUCAUCCUCAGCCUGGACAAUACUCGGUGGAGACAGUUGUGCCUUGGUUGCAUUGAAUGCCGGCAUCCAAACUGGCCUAACCAGCCUGGCGUGGAGCCUUGGUCAUGGAGAGAAGCUUUGAAACAGCAUUACCUCUCUUCUAAAACCUGGACCAAAAACAGCCACGAUCUUGAGUCCUCCAAAUGCUUCUACUUAUUCACGAGGAAAAAGGACAGGCGGGUUCUUUGCGUUGGGCCUGGCUGCGAGUUUGACAAUCUAAGGAGCGCCUUGCUUUCAGCCAGCAUGUAUGACCGGAUUGUCCUGUUGCCAGGAAUGUAUGAGGAACAGAGUGAAAUCUUUCUCAAGGCUCCUGUAGAAAUCAUGGGAAAGGGCAAGCUCGGGGAUGUGGCCCUUCUAGUGAGCUUUGACCAGCACUGUCCAACAAUGAGGUUAUGCAAUUUGGUCUUUAUGCCAGCCUGGUUCACACCAGUAAUAUAUAAGACAACCUCAGGCCAUGUCCAGUUUGACAACUGCAAUUUUGAAAACAGUCAGCUGCAGAUUCAUGCUCCUGGGACCUGCCAGGUUAAAUUCUGUACUUUCAAUCAGUCCAGCAUCCAUUUCCAUAGUGUGGCUGUCUGUCUCCUGGAAAACUGCGAAUUUGUUGGCAGUGAAAAUGCUUCGGUGACAGUGGAAGGAAGUCCAUCUUUGGACAGGAACUGGGCCUGCAAGCACUUGACCAUGUUGGCAAAAUCUCACUCCGUCUUGCUGCAGACAUCUGAGCCUUCCCAUUGCAAUAUAUCAAAGUUUGAGAGCCAGGGAACUCUUCCAAUGUCAGACAUGAGGACCUGUGACGUUGUGGUAGCUGAAAACCCAAGUCACAUAUUUUCUGUUUCACAGACUCAAGUGGUGCCAAGGAGAGGCCUUGAGAAGGAAAGGGAGGUAUCUGGGAACCUUAACACAGCACACAAAGAAGAGGCCAUGACUAUAGACACAGAUUCCAGUGACAGUGAACUGAGCCUGAGCAGUGAGAAUGAGGACGAAGAUGAGUCUCUGUACAAAUUGCCUUACCAGGCUCAUAGCUUGAGCCACAUGCUGGCCAAGGUUGUCCAUGGUAGGCCGUCAUCCGAUGGUUUACCAGCCCUUCAGAGUGACUAUGAGCUAAAACCUUUGGCUCAGGAGCUGCAGCAAGAUAAGGAGGCUCAGUGUCUUGCCAACACCAUGCAAGGAUGCCUUGUGAGGAAAUGUCUUUUCAGGGACGGAAAAGGUGGCAUCUUUCUGUGUUCCCAGGGACAAGCCAGAGUGGAAGGGAGCAUCUUCAGGGACUUGACCUAUGCUGUGCGAUGCAUACAAAACAGUAAGAUCAUCAUGCUCAAGAAUGACAUUCACCACUGCAAGACCUCAGGGAUAUUUCUGCGUCUGGGUGCAGGUGGCUUGAUCGCAGACAAUAACAUCCAUUCCAAUUGUGAAGCAGGAGUGGACAUUCGGAAGGGAGCUAACCCUUUAAUCCUGUGUAAUAGAAUCCACAGUGGCCUUCGCUCUGGCAUCGUUGCCCUUGGCAACGGAAAAGGCAUCAUCCGUAGCAAUCAAAUCUAUGGAAAUAAGGAGGCUGGCAUUUACAUUCUGUAUAAUGGCAAUCCUCUGGUAAGUGGGAACCAUAUAUUCCAGGGUCUUGCUGCUGGUAUAGCUGUGAAUGAGAAUGGAAGAGGCCAAAUCACAGAAAAUGUCAUCCGGGAGAACCAAUGGGGAGGUGCAGACAUCCGGCGUGGCGGAGAUCCUGUCCUCCGGAGUAACCUGAUCUGUUGUGGCUAUUCAGAUGGAGUGGUUAUUGGAGAACGAGGAAAAGGACUUGUAGAAGGAAACACCAUUUAUGGUAAUAAGGGCUGUGGUGUCUGGAUAAUGUCAUCCAGCCUUCCCCAUGUUACCAACAACCAAAUAGGGCACAACAGCAUCUAUGGCAUCGCAGUGUUUUGCCGCAAGGACGAUGCUAAUGAUUAUCUUGUCAACCAAGGAGGCAAUGAGAACUUCAAUGAAGAAGGAGAAGCAGCCAACUGGGAGAAUGACCUGGAGAGUGAGGAUGAACGCUUGACUUCCCGGCGGCCCAUCAACGUGGCCCUUGUGGAAUCAAACAACAUCAACCAUAAUGGAGCUGCUGGCUUGUAUGUCAAAAGCAGCGAAGCUCUGAAUAUCAUUGGAAAUGCCAUCCACGCCAACCAUGACUACGGGGUUGCCGUGUUUCAAAGCUCGCAACUCACCCGAAUUGCAAAUAACAGCAUUUCUUGCAAUAGCCUUGGGGGAGUCCUGGUGGAAGCCGAGUGCCGGGUGGAACUCCGUGGCAAUGGGAUCUAUGACAACAGCAGCCAUGGCAUUAGCUCCAAGGGCGAUGGGGUCAUCACAGAGAAUGACGUUCUAGGAAACCAGGGAUGUGGCCUCCGACUCUCGCAGGCAGCCGACAUGAAGGUAACCAAGAACAGAAUCCACUCCUUCCGAGGUUACGGGAUUGAGAUGCUUGAUCAAACCAAGGCUUUAGUACAAGAUAAUUUGAUUUUUCAAGGGAAGAGCAAAAAGACUAUUUUACAGCAAGUGUCCAGCAUGGAAGAUUGUGUCAUUCAGAAUAAUAAGAUCCUUGCUUUCAGAAAAAAGUCUGAUGUUGCCUGGACCUUAGAGAACCCUCCAGCCAGGCCUCACAUAGAAGAAUCGUCUCGAGGGGUGUCAACAGCUGGAAGCAGCCAAAAAGGAUCAAACGUGACAGCCAGGAUAGCUGCUAGAGUAGAUGGGGGUUGUCAUAACAAUGGUAGUAUCUUCUGCACUAUUCUGUGAUGGUUUGCAGAUUUGCCUCCAUUUUCCUGAUUAUGUUCACUGCAACAUUGAACAAAUUCACAUCCAAAUGUUUUUUUAGCUGACUGGCUAGCAUUGUGAGUACAUAAGAAUUAAUGGGAAUGUGACUAGACAAGGAACUGUAGCCAACUACAACCUUGACCAGCUGACUAUGCCCUAUUGAGUGUUUUGAGAGCUUGCCUCAGCUUUCACAUCUGCAUCCUUGCAUCAGGCCCAAGUUCAUUCCUUAGAAAGUGGUAUGUUUGCAGUAUCAAAAGAUAUGGUUGCUUCUUAUGCCUGCUUAUGCCUUUCCUUUGUCGAACUGAUUAUUCAGAAUUACAUCUAACUAAGGGAGGGGAUUGAUCUAAUAACUGUGAUGUCUCAAAGGCAUUUGAGGGUCAUCUACUUGCAUUUUUGCCUCAUACGGAUUUUCAAAAGGAAUAGUUGCAAAGGAGGGGAAGAGGAAGGCUGCUUUCUGUGUGAGGUAUUAAAUUCCCAGAUAAUUUUUUACCUUCCUUUCUUCUGCUUCUGUUAACACCUUUCAACAUGGCUCUAAGUAGGAGUGAUGUGCAAGCAAUAUUAUCAGAAGGAAUUGUAUCCAUUCUUGCAAUUACAACAUCACUUGCUACUUAUAUAAUGUGUAGGUGAGGAGUGGAUAGGGAUUCACUUAAGUUUACACUCUUAUCGAUUUGCCAAAAAGCCACUUAGUUUAAUGUCACUGAAAUCCUGGGUGCCUUGACCUAUUUGUUGGCCUGCUUGGCAUCAGUACCUUGACCUAGCUUGAAAUUAAUUUUCUUUUAUUCCAGAAACAAGAGUUCCUUUCUUCUAUAUUGAAAAGAGCCCAGUUUUGGCUGUUGUGUAUGAUUUUUAUCUCCCCUCUGGUGCCUUCUAGACGUGCUGAACCUAUCAUCCAAAGCAGCAUGUUUUUGCAAUGAUUGGAGUUGUCAUCCAAUACACACAGAGGGAACAUAUAUAAUUUAUCUAGGAGUAAGUCCCACUGAAAAUAGCAGGGUGGAGUUACCAGUAGACAUAAUGAACAUUGUUUAAGGUUCUAGAGUAUUAGAUCUGGAAUAUGGCAAAAUAUAUGUAAAAUUACAUAAAGCAGAGAUGAGUUAGAAUUCUUAUCAAAAUGCAGUAGGGUGGGGGUUUUCUAGGAAGAAAAUAAGAUCCCUCAAAGCGGAGUGGUGGAUUUUUUUAUUUUUUAUUUUUGGAGUUUUCAGCAAAAGAAUAACUUGUACACUAGCGAAGAUCUUUCUGUAAUUUUGUUAAUACCAACAUUGCCAUAAUAUGGUGAUGCUGGAUUUAAAAUAAACUCUUAAAAAUGAGAAAAUGGACUUCUAGAAGCAGCUUCCAGUAACUUUAGGGGCUGUUCAGAACUUGAACAUAGUUUUAUACACAAGUGGCAAAUUGAAAGUAUACUGUGCCUUUAUAAGCAUUUAAUACAGGUGGUCCUCGACUUACAAACACUUGUUUAGUAACUAUUUGAACUUAAACAGCAUUGAAACAAGUAACUCAUCACCAUUUUUCACACAAUCAUUGCAGCAUUCCCAUUGCCCCAUGAUCAAAAUUGAGGCACUUGGCAUCUGGCUUGUAUUUAUGAUGGUUGCCGCAUCUCGAGGUCAUGUGAUCCCCUUUAGCGACCUUUUGGCAAGCAAAGUCAAUGGGGAAGCCAGAUUCACUGAACCAUGUUACUAACUUAACUGCAGUAAUUCACUUAACAACUGUGGCAAGAAAGGUGGUAACAUGGCAAAACUCAAUCUUGCUUAAAAUGGCAAAACUUUCUUGAUUAGCAACAGAAAUUUUGGGCUCAACUGUGGUCAUAUGUUGAGGACUACCUGCGUGUAUCGAUUUUCAAAAGAACAAUCCUGGGCAAAAUAUUUCUUGGAGCUCAUUGGUCUAGAUCACGGGUGUCAAACUCAAUCACGACGCUUUUUGCCUUUGCAGAGCCAGGGUGGGCGUGGCCUGUGUGUGACGUAUCCAGCCCGCAAGGCACCAGUUUGACAGGCCUGGUCUAGAUUGUGGGUGAUUGCCUUUUUUCAAACUAAUAUCUUAGAGGAAGCAAGAUAUGGUCACUCAGCAAGUUGAUUUCUUGGAGAGUUUUUAAUGAAAUUCUCAAGGAUAAGUAAUGAACGUAUUUUAAAGGGACCAAAGUGAACUAGCCUUGUCAUUUUUCUUUACUUCACAGAGCUUGUACCUGUUUUAACAGUUAUGUGGCAAGCAAUAAUGUAGUAGGUUAAAAUCUCAGGACUUUGAAGAAUCAUCUGGGUCUGCCAUACGACUGUAAUUAAAACAAGCGUUCGAAAUGAAAAGGGUGUGAUUGGUGCUCUAAUAAUGUAGAGUAGGGGUGUCAAACUAGAUUUCAUUGAGGGCCACAUCAGGGUUGUGUUUGACUUGGGGGAGCAUGUGGCUGUGGCCAUGGUGGCCAUGGCCAGCUCAACAUCACUUAUGUCGGAGGCGCCUGUGGUGGCCCAAGCGCUCUGCCAGCGAAAACGGGCUCCUAAGCUCCAUUUUCAGAUGCAACAGCUUCGUGCCACCCUCUACCAGUGAAAACAAAGGUCAGGAGGGCUCCAUUUUCACUGGCAGAGGCACAGCGGGCCCUUUUUCCAGGGAAGCCCCAUGGGCCGGGCUGGAUCUGACCCCCAGGCCUUGAGUUUGACACCCCUGUUGUAGAGGUUGUAUGUAUUAUUGAAUUAUUGCUGCAUCAGCUCUGGCUCAAGGUGAAAAAAAAGGACACAAUUAUAGGACAUAAACUGAAAAAAAUCCUCUAUUGACUUUGUUUUCAGAGGAGACUGUGAGGGUCUCUGUUGAUCUGAAGCCUAGACAAGUCUACUGUAGUGCACACUGCCACUAAGAUGCAUUUGUAGCAUGGAAAUAAAUCUCACAAGCUCUCAGUUGGUAAGGUGUAAUUGAUCUCUGGUAGAAGAAUGGUCCGGAGCACUUGAUUAGGAGACAAUAGCAUUUUGGUUUAUUCAGUUACAUCUUAUCUUCUAUUGUCAGAACAUGGAACAGUGCUCUUGAGAUAACCAACAGAUCAUAACAACACACAUUUAUAAAUACCACUGAGUUUGAAUGGGGCAUAGAAUUUUGCCCUGUAUUAAAUAUAGAAAACUCAGUCCUCUUCACUCUAGUCAUAGCAGCUUGGGUAGGAUCUUAGAUUACUCUAUCUCUUUUAAGUUGAAGAUGCCAGAGACUGAACCUGGAACAAAGGAGGCCUUGAGUUUCUCAUUUGUUAUGUGUUUAAUAUUUUACAGUUGCUCAUCAUUUCCUAGAAAACAGUAAAAAAAGGAGGCUUUCAAAAAGAAGCACUGUUAAUAGGAGAAAAGAAUGUUAUCUGCACAUGGAUUUAUGGUUUUGUGAUCUUCAUAUGUAUGGAUAAUUGUCAAAAAAAAAAACUGUUUAAAAAGUGUGACCUACAAAUAGCAUGGUUUUGUAGAAAUUCUUUGCAGCUGGGGCUGAAAUCCUACGCACAUGUAGGAAAAUCCAAUUGUUAACCAUUCCAUUUUGGAAUAAAUAUGCAUUGGCUUAAGCUGCAAGUCAGCAAAAUAAGCAAGCCAGAAGUAUUGUUACAGGGCUGGAUCCAGUUUAUCAGGUGCAGAAAGUGUUUCCCUGAGUGGAAAGUGGGGAAAACUGCCAGUUGGGCUUUUUCUCUGAAGCCCGUUUUCCAGUUCUCUUAAGUCUUCUUAAGCAAGGAGUAGAGAGAAUGAACUAGGACCUACUGUUGCAGGAUCAGGAAACGUUUUACUUAAUAGACAUAGCUUUUCUAACUACCAACAGAUUGUGAAUUCACUACCAAUAUUCCCAGUAUGAUGUAUUCCCUCAUGAGUUACAAUCACAGACAAGUCAUUGACGGUUCUCAGUCCAUUGUAAACAAUCAAUUGAAUGUCUUGUUAAAAAUUAGAUGCCAUUAACUUAAUUGCCUCAGUUCUUUGAUUUUUAAGCUGCAAUUUUGUACCACACACCUUGUAGUAAACUCUGCUAUAAUCUCACUUCCAAACAGACAUGAGACUGCACUGUCAGCAAUAAAGUGCAUUGAGCCAUAGACCACUUCUUAAAGCAUUUUAGCUUAACUGGAAUUGACCACUAAUACGUUUUAAGCUUGUAAAGCUGGGCUGGGUGAUAAUCUGGUAUCUUGUUUAACAUGUAUCUUGUUAAAAGAAAUGCAAACUACUCUUUGAAAAGUUUUAUAAAGGAAAAUCUGUGUACUACAAAAUAAAAAAAAUAUUUUAUUUUAAA